GACGGACACCCUCUUUCUCUGGUACCACCGAUGAGCUCUCCUCGUCCAAGGAACAGAUGACGCGCUCCAUUUCUGCAGGCUCACAUAGACACAGCUCCCAAAGAGAUGGUGAUGGUCAGACGGGUCUGCCCCUGCGAACCGCUUCUGAUGCGGUGGAAGGUCAGGAGGAAGCAGCAGAAGAAGAGGAUUGGGCAUGCGCCUACUGGUCUGGUCAUGGCAGUCAAAACGAUCCCCACAUCCCCAAAUCCCUCUGUCCAUCGUCAAAUUCUACGAGAGCUCUCCUUCAAUAGGACUUGCUACUCUCCCUACAUCGUCAAGUACUAUGGCGCCUUUCUGUCUUCCGACUCGCAGUCAAUCGAGAUCUGUAUGGAGUACUGCGAGGCUGGCUCACUCGAUGUCAUUUAUAAACGUGUCAAGUCAAGGAAUGGAAGGACGGGGGAAAAGAUCCUAGGAAGAGUGGCAGAAAGCGUCUUGAAAGGCCUGCAUUAUCUGCAUGACCGCCACAUUAUCCACCGAGACAUCAAGCCAAGCAACAUCGUUAUCACUCGCGAAGGGCAGAUCAAACUCUGCGACUUUGGAGUCUCCGGGGAGCUCAUCAAUUCCCUUGCAGGUACAUUCACAGGUACAAGCUACUACAUGGCACCUGAGCGUAUCAAAGGGCUGCCGUACACGAUCACGUCGGACGUGUGGUCCCUCGGGCUCACCAUCCUCGAGAUUGCGUCCAAUCGCUUUCCCUUUCCUGCAGAGGGCGAGCCGCCCUUGGGUCCCGUGGACCUGCUGAGCUACAUCGUCUCCAUGCCCACCCCGGAGCUCAACGACGACCCCGUGGCUGGGAUCAAGUGGAGCAGGGGACUCCGCGACUUCAUCGACCGCUGCCUCGAUAAGAAUGGAGAGACGCGGCUCGGACCAAAGAAGAUGCUCACGCAUCCCUUUAUCAAGAAGAGUGAGGCCAGGAUCCCGCCUGCCGACGUUGGCAAAUUCGUGGCAGAGGUGUAUGGCUGGCCUGUGGCUUCGAGUGCAGGUAGCGACGCUGCAAGCAAGGCAGGUUUGUCCGCCCCGACGUCUACGCAGCCGAGCGUGGCUGGGUCGGCAACAGCGGCGGCGACGCCUUCUGCCGAGGAGGUUCUACGUCUGUCGCGUAUCCCCAGCGUGCGUAAAGCUCCCCUGAACCCCCUCGCAGCAAUGAGUCUCAGCAGCACCACCACGCCCGUAGAAGCGGUACCUAAAAUGCCUCACCUCCCGAGUCCGGCAGCUGCCACCGCGAGUGCCGAUCAUCAGGGACAAUCUCGCACUCCUACAGCUCCGGGCAUGCCGCCGGUGGAGAGAUUGGACCUGGAAGGAAGCUCUACCUCCGAGCGUUUGGCAGCGAAGAUGCGGGAACGGGACGCGGGAAUCUGUGGGAGUCCGCUCGAUCCUGAGCUCACAAGGAGAUAGGGGCCGAAGGCGCUUUGAAGACUGGCCUUGUGAGGGAGUCGGUGCAGGGAGUAGGCUCAUGCGGAGAUAGGAGUGCCAGGAAUCCCGAUCGUGUAGCUUCCC